AGAGAUAUUUUUCACUUCAUCAUCCACCAUCGAUCGCUCAGCCCAUCUCCAUCGUCUUCAACGUCGAGCCCUCCAUCCCCGCCAUCGUCCCAGCGGCCGUCCACCAUCAUCAUAAUCGCCGAGCUUCAUCACCAUCAUCAUCCACGAAGAGCUCCACCACCAUAGUCAUCAUCAUCGGCCACCUUCAUCGCACAGCCCUUCACCGAUCAUCAUCAUCGAAGCUCCAUCGAUCACCAUCACCAUCUUCACCGUCCGCGCAGGCCCCAUCUCCACCGCUAACCACCAUCACCAUUACCGCAAGCUCCUGCAACCAUCACCGUAGUAGCUUCCUCACUGUCGAGACCCGAGGAGUUUGGUCGGAGUACCCAUCAGCCCGAUGGAAGGAUGGCGCGUGCGUGGAGUGCUCGGCGGGCUCGGGGACUAGGCGCGUGGACGUCGGGCCGAUGAGAGCUCGGCAACGAAAGAACACAAGGCCAUCGGGGUAUGUGCAGCACGACUUUCCCAAGAAGAAACGUGACCCCGGAGGUUUUAUUAUCCAGAUAGCCUUGGGAAACGGAAAGGUAGCUUCGGGAAUGCUUGACCUUGGAGCCGGAAUAAAUCUCAUUCCCUUCUCGAUUUUCCAGAGGCUCGGCCUUGGGGAUUUGAGGCUAACCCGCAUGUGCCUCCAGUUAGCAGACCGUUCCAUCAGGUACCCGAAGGGGAUAGUCGAGGAUGUUCUCAUGAAAGUGGGUAAGCUUAUCAUUCCAGUGGAUUUCAUUGUUCUAGUUGGGGAUGUGCACGAGAAUGGGAAGGAUCACACCAUCCUUCUCGGAAGACCUUUCAUGGCGACGACUAAUACUCUCAUCGAUGUGAAGAACGAUAAUCUGAAUAUGACGGUUCUGGGGGAGUUGGUGUCUAUUUCUAUCCGAGAGGCCAUGUCUUCAUCCUCAGUCAAUUUUGUAGAAGAAUGUGCUUUUAUUGAUCUUGCUGCCCCUUUU